CAGUACCGUUUCCACUGUUGGUUCAGUCUGCGGUUUGGUCUCGUCCUGUCUGCGGGCUGGUUCCGUCCUGUCUGCGGGUUGGUUCCGUCCAGUGUUCGGUCCGGUUCCGUCCAUCAUGACCAAGCUGCAGCUGCUGAGCUCCUACCUGACGGAGCGGCUGACCGCGGUGGUGAAGGAGAUCCUGGCCGUGGUGGAGGACACCGUCACAGAGUACCGAGAGGAGACGGCCAGGACCCGGCGGGAGAACGAGAGCCUGCGGAGGCAACUGCGGGAUAUCCUGCUGCUGGAGGCCGAGACCGAGUGGCUGAGGUCGACCCGAUCCGGUCUUGGUUUUGUGGCUCCGGAGCAGCGGCCCGAUGAUCCGGAGAGGCACCGAUCCGAGGAGCCGGACUCCACCUUGAACCAACCCAGACAGCAUGUUGGCACAAAACUGACACCUGAGCAGCUGCUGCCGGUUCACAGCGAUGCUCCUCCAGGACCGGUUCAGCUGCCGGUGGACCAGAACCCGGCAGAGCCCUGGGAGCCGGUUGUGAAGGCCGACCCUCCUCCAGCGCUGCCGUCCCACUCGGUCCUGAAGCCUCCUGUAGAAGCUCCGGUUCUGAGGGAGGAACCGCGGGUCAAAGCAGAACCUCAGGAGUUCAAGGUGAGCGAGUCAGACUGUCGGACAGUGAGCGCUCCGGUGGAGGACUUCAGGAUCCAGACGGACGCAGACCGGACAACGGUGGUGGUGCAGCGUCUGGAGCAACCGGAAGUUCAGCGCAGCAGGACUUCCUCUCAGGAGGCACCUGAAGAGAUCACAGCCGCCGCCUUCAUCCCUGAACUCGUCCACCGCUGCCCUCGCUGUGGCGAAGCCUUCGGUCAGGCCGCCUCGCUGCGCCUCCACUUGGAGCAGAAGAGGAAGACGUACGCCUGCGACUGGUGCUGCAAGUCCUUCGCCCAGUCGGCCGACCUGCGACGCCACCUGCGGACGCACACCGGCGAGCGGCCGCAUCGCUGCACCUUCUGCUCCAAGAGCUUCAGCCAGCGAGGAAACCUGCGGCGACACCUGCGCAUCCACACAGGGGAGCGUCCGUACAGCUGCCCGUUCUGCUGCCGAACCUUCAGCGACGGUGACACCAUGAAGAAGCACAAACGUACGCAUUCUGGCGAGAAGCCGUUCCGCUGCGCUCAGUGCAACAAGACGUUCAGCAGCGCCGGCGGCCUGCAGAUACACCUGAAGAAGGACAUGUGCUUCGUGGCCAGCGCCUGAUUGAUCGGUUCAUACCUGCGGAUUUGUGUGAACAAGACGCAACUCCACGAAGAAGAGCUCAAAUGUCCUCGGACACAGGGCGGCGACGGCCAGUCAGGAUCCAGGAUUCCAGCUGGUCGCCAUAACGACUGUCCUGCCGCCUCUCUGUGGCACAUUUUCACCGGUUUUAAGUCUCAAAAGUGAAGAAAUUGUGAAAACGAAUCAGAAAACAUGCUGACACGUCAGAAAAGAGCUGACCAAUCAGAGCGGAGGAUGUAAACUGUAAACGGGACGCUGUAGAAACGUUAACGUGGCGACAAACCGGCGAGUUUUAAACAUGUUGUAUUUCAACAUCAGCACCAGGAUCCAGAUUCAGAGUAAAAAUCAAAAUGACUCCGUAAGAAUGAAAUGGUUUCAUCUGUUCAGUUUGUCUUAGAUGAAUCAGUUUAAAUAAUUUAUUAAAAAAAGAUAAGUCUGAACCCAGCUCUAUGUACUUCAAAGGCCUGGAACUCUGGAAAUAUUUCAAAUAUGAUGGCAAAUCUCUGAUGAUUAGUAAAGUUACUGUGGAUAACGAAUCAAUUCCACAUGAGGAUGAUAAGUUGAACUAACACAGGUUUAAAAACUGGAUUUUCAGACAUGUUUAAAGUCGCUGGUUUGUGCUGCAGAAGAUGAAGAACCUGAAUCUCUUCUUCUUCCUGCUGAGCGUCUUCAAUGCACUUUGAGUUUGUCCAGACAGAUUUACAGGCAGCUACACAGACAGCGUAUUUAUUUAUCUAUUUAUUUUCAGACGAUUUGAACCAGAACAGAGCGACUGACUCUUCACGUCAUUUCAGUAUUUUUUUGCUUUCAGAGCAUUGAUGCAGCUCAAAGUUUCCUCUGAUUCUCCUUCAGCUGCUUAAAUAUCGUCACGUUUGUCUGAGCUUCCCAUUUAUCAGGAGAACCUCCGCCAGGUUAGUGUUUCUAUACGCAGAAAUAUCUCAGCAGGAAACUAAUGAUGGAUCUGGAAAAGAUGCAGAAAUUAUAUCGACAAAAGUACACAUUUGAGGUGUGAUCAGAAAGUUCAGUCAGUAUUUACGGUCUGUGUUUAAAAAUGUUCCAAUUUGCUUUACUUUUGCUCAGACUCAGUUAUGAACUAAAGUUUCCAUCCACCUGUAAAGUCCAUAAAUCAUGUUGGUCUUUAGUGUCCAAUGACUUCUAGAACUCAAUCAAUCAUAUGAAUCAAUCACUGAAACACAUGGAUCUUUGUCACAAAAAACAAUCAUGAAUUUAGGUUCUUUUAUAGAUUUGUGACUCCUCUGGAAAGAAUUGGAGCAGUUGAACUAAAUUUGUUCUUUCUGUCUCAGACUUGUUUCUUCAGGUUCUUGAUGGGUUUAAGUCAGAACUUUGGGGAGACCAGUCUAGAACCUUCAUUCUAGCCUGACUGAACCAUUUCUUCACCGUGCCUGAUGUGUGUUUGGGUUCAUUGUCUUGUUGAAACAUCCAACUGCAUCCAAAAUUAACCCUCUGCUGAUGGUUUUAGGUUUUCCUGAAGAACAUGGAGGUAAUCCUCCUUCUUCAUUGUUUCAUUUGCUUUAUGUAAAGCUCCAGUUCCACAGAGCAUGAUACUGCCACCUCCAUGCUUGAUGGUAGGUUUGGUGUUCUUGGGUUAAAGACCUCACCUUCUCUCCUCCAAACAUAUUUCUGCUCAGUUUUUGUUCCAUCUGACCACAGAACUUUCCUCCAGAAGACCUUUUCUUAGUCCACGUGAUCAAAAAAAACUUCAGUGGAGUUUUAAAGUUCUGCUUCUAGAAGAACUUCCUUCAUCAUGGAUCCUCUCAGCUCAUGUUGAUGUAAAACACUGUGGACACUGACAGCUGUGUUCCAGCAGCUUAUCAUUCAUUCAGAUCUGCUUUUUGCUGAUUCUUGGUUGAUUCUUGAUGAUCCUGACUGAUUCUCUCAGCACCAGGUGAUAGUUUGUGUUUUCUUCCUGAUGGUGGCAGCAACACAAUUGGACCAUGAACUUUCUACUGACAAACAGAUUAUUAUUAGCCUAGCCGCGCUAGACAACCCACGGCAAUGAAUUUAAUUCUCUGCCAGGGUGGGUCUAGUUACCCUCCAUAAGGCUCGAGGCUGGAUUCUCCUAAAACUGGCCGGACAAAUCACCAUGAAGUGUAGAGUCAGAAGGCGGGUGUAACGAAGUGACGACAGAGGUGUGACGAUUCUGGCAGAAACAACCGGCGCACAAUAAACAGUUAUCUUUCGACUCGGCUUUGGCCACAGCCCUUAAAGAUUUGAAGCUAAAAUUCAACUUGAAAGAUAAACAAAGGACGGCACUGAAGUGUUUCAUUGAGAAGAAAGACGUAUUUGGACUUAUGCCGACGGGAUAUGGCAAAUCCUUAAUAUACCAGUUGGCUCUGCUGGUUGGGAAGCUAAUGGGACUUAGCCACAAUCCGCUGGUGCUCUCGGAACUACGUCAGCCUAUUCGUUGCGUUGAUUGGUUGUAUACCUACCCAAUUGCUGCAGAGGGAUUUGAUAGACAGCCUUUUAUCCCGCCUCCCUCCCUGUCGAGCAUGCCUAGACCCUUGUGCCGUCAGAAACAUGGGUAUAGCAUGCCUAGGCUAGAUUAUUAUUGGAUCUGAAGCUGCUUUAAAGUGGCUCCAAGUGACUUUCUAAGUUGUUCAAAACAAUGAUUUGCUUUUUCAGAUCUUUGCUGAGCUCCUCAGACUUUCCCACUGUCGUGUUUGAGUCUAAUGAGUGGAUCCAAUGGAUGCUAUUUAAACUGGAUCAGAGGAGUCAGCAGCUGUAGUCGACUGUAAUCACUCAGGAGAAGUUAAGAGGCUAUGAAAGAAAACUAGAUUAACACAACUUUCUACAUCACCAAAACUGAUAUUUCAAGUUUCUGUUUGGAUAUUUAUAUGCGAAUGAACUGAAAUUCAUGAUUUUUUUGUGUUAAAAUGAUUCAAUCACAGAAAAUUCAGAGUUCUAGGAGUCACAGGAAACUAAAGUAUGACAUGAUGGAGUUUACGGGUGGAUGGAAACUUUAGUUCACGAUUGUAGUUGACCAGAUUUAUAUGUAAAAUCCUGAUGUUUACAGGUGAAUAUUGAGGUAAGAAGUUGAUCCUGAUGAAGCAGCAGCUCAGAUGUCGGUGUUGGCGUGAAGCUGCAGCUCAGAGAGUUUCUGCUGAUAAAUAAUUCUGUUAGAAAACGCUGCCGCUGCACCAAAAUAACUCAUCAUUUAUUCUCUGUUCUGUCAGACGCUUUGGAUUCUGUUCUGGAAAUCUCCUCGCAGCUGAUGAUGGUAAAGAGCAGAAACCAGCAGAUUUUCUGUUUAAAAAGCAGCUCGAGGAGUUUCAGAGUGGAUUUAUUUCAUCAGUAUUUAGUAUCAAUGUGAAAAUUCUUGUUUUUUUUUUUUAGACGAAUAAAUAAACGUUGAGUGAAACUGUGAUGACUUCUGUGCUCAGAUUGUAGAAUCGCAGGCGGAUGUUCCGAACACAGCAGCACUUUCUCCAUGUAGAUCAGAGUUUGGUUGAUUAAAUCACAUUUUCUGUUCUAAUCUCACUUGUUUGAAGAUGUUUGUCGCUAAACUGAGCUCCAUUAAAACGCAGAUAUUCUGGGUUUCUGUCUUAAUGAAUAAAUUGCAGCAACUUUG